CCUCUUCGUGCUCUGCAAAAACCCUACAAAUACUGCCCUUUCCAUUCUCCAUUACAGAGAUAUAGAGAGACUCUGUGUGUUCGCGAAGCGAGUAAACGGGAGAACUUCACCGGCUAACACUACAUAUAUCCAGUUUGUGGGUUCGAGUUUGAUCAACAAAUGGAGGCUGCAGCAGCGGCAGUAGUGCAACAACCUGUCCCUGCUCAAGUUGUUGGAAAUGCUUUUGUGCAGCAGUAUUAUCAUAUUCUGCACCAUUCUCCUGGACUGGUUUUUAGGUUUUAUCAGGAUAUAAGCAAACUUGGACGACCUGAAGAUGAUGGCUCAAUGAGCAUCACCACUACCAUGGAAGCAAUCAAUCAUAAGAUACUCUCACUAAACUAUGGGGACUUCAAAGCGGAGAUUAAGUCUGUGGAUUCACAAGAAUCCUUUAAUGGGGGAGUGCAUGUCUUUGUGACUGGAUCUUUGACUGGGAACGACACCUUGAUUCGGAAUUUCUCCCAAACUUUCUUCCUAGCACCACAAGACCGAGGAUACUUUGUUCUGAAUGACAUGUUUCGAUAUGUAGAGAGUGUCGAUCAACAUGAUCUCACCGAGGUCCCGGAGACUGAUGUGGUGGCUCCUGUCACUCCUGAACUAGCUUCCCCUCCAGUGCAGCAAAAUCACAUUUCCGAGCAGAGCACACUAUCAGUGGAGGAAGCUAAUGAGGGAGAAGUUUACAAUCCACCUGAGAAUGGUGAUGUGCCUGUUGAAGAGGAAGUUCCUGUCGCUGAGGUCGUUGAUGAAAUGCAAGACGACUCUCAAAUAGUAGUUGAGUCUAACAUCAAAAGUGAAGAUGCUCCUAAGAAGUCAUAUGCUUCAAUUGUCAUGCAUCUCAAGGGAAGUGCUGCGAGUUUCUCCUCUCCUCCAGCACCUGCUUCUCGGAAGCCCAUGGCAAGGAGUGUUGAGCAAGUGAAUCAACCUCCUGUAACAGCAACUGUUCGCCCAGCUUCCAGCUCAAAUUCUGUUGAUAAUGUGAAUAACCAGGAGGGAGAAGUCACAGAUGGCUAUUCAAUCUACGUAAAAGGUCUGCCUCCGACUGCAACUGUGGGCUUACUUGCUGAUGAGUUCAAGAAGUUUGGGCCUAUAAAGAAUGGAGGCAUUCAAGUUAAAAAUAACAGAGUAUUGCUACAACGGUUUUCUUAUGGUUUCGUGGAAUUUGAGGAGGCAAGUGCUUUGCAGAAAGCUAUUGAGGCAUCUCCAAUUUUAAUUGGAGGACGUCAAGCUUAUGUUGAGGAGAAGAAGUCUACCAAUUAUCGAGGUCACUUUAGAGGUAGAUUUCCAUCUGGAGGGGGUUCUGGUUACAGGAACUAUGGAGUAAGAGGUCGAGGAAACUAUGGAGGUGGCAGGGGUUAUGCUCGAGAUGAUUUUGGCGAAAGAACUGAGUUCAACAACAGAGGUGGACAUCGCGGAUGGCCAUCUAAUCGUGGGGGUGAUGGAUACCAAUCAUACCAGCGAACUGAUAACCCAGGUGGCUAUGUUGUGCGAACGAAUCGUGGUGGGGGUAUGCUUAAUGGAACUGCCAAACACAUACAGGGUAUUGCUGCACCUGUAAUGUAGUAGCUCAGUUGUUACAUUGGCAUUUCUAACAGUUGACGUCCAGGUAGAAGUUUUGUCAGGAGCUAUGAAAUUCUCUUAGAGCUCACUUUGCUAAUCAUCAAUUCCCUAACAUUCCCUUUAAUUGGUAUAGGUGGGGUAGGAAUUGACUUUUAAGUAGCUUUUGCUAUGCAGUAUAUAGAGUAUCUAAGUCCCCCAUGAAGGGUAUCCAGUCCUUUUUGCUCAUGGUAUGAGUUGAACUAUUUUACUUUGAAGGCUGUGUUUGUGGCAAUGAGUUUAUAUUAGUCAUUUAUCUCUCAUGGAUUCUAUUAUCAGCUAUCAACAGA